AUGUCGCCCUUUGUAAGGGCACUCCCUACCUCUCGUUGCUGUCUUUGUCAUCUCUCCCACUAUGUCACACGGCCGGUUCCUACUACGACACGUUGCCUAUCCUCCUACAAUUCUCGAUUACGACAACAAUACCGCUAUAUCUCGGGCUCCUCUAUAGCUUCACGACGCAACAACGACUUCAAUUCAGGCUUCAGCAGUAGCUAUGACCCAUCAGUCGACUCGGGGCGUGGCCCCAUGUUCAACAAGACCAACUUCGGCGUACCGCAUUUCUACCCACGCGAUCUCAAGAAAAGAGUAGACGACUACGUCGUUGGCCAGGACCGGGCUAAGAAGACCAUAUGCGCAACCAUCUUCAAUCACUACCAGAAUCUACGGCGAAGGCACCAACACGAGCACGAAGAUCGGAACAGGCGGGAUAAGGUAAUGCGCCAAAGGUUUGCGAGAGACAGAGAACUGCACCAGAAACGUCGUGAGAUGCACCCUGUCGAAGGUCAGCGUGUACAUGGUUCUAUCCCUGAGCGCUACGCUGCUGAUACUCUUAAAGAUGAGUUCCCGGGCCAUAAUGAGUCGGUCCGUGCGCUUCACGAUAACCACGAAUUCGAUGACGACCCAAUGGACCAUCUCUAUGUUGCAGAGGAGAUAACAGUCCCCGACCACGUUAAGAUAGACAAGAGUAACCUCCUUCUGGUCGGUCCCACGGGUGUUGGCAAGACUUACAUACUAGAAACACUAAGCAAAAAGAUAAAUGUACCCUUCUCUAUCUGUGACUGCAACUCCUUCACUCAGGCUGGAUACAUAGGGCAGGACGUUGAGACCUGCAUUGAGCGGCUCCUCAUCGAAGCCAACUAUGACAUCAAGGCAACAGAGCACGGCAUUGUUGUUCUUGAUGAAUUCGACAAGAUUGCAAGGCGCGAAACGACUACUGGUCGGGAUGUUGGGGGCGAGGGUGUUCAGCAGGCGCUGCUGAAGCUCGUUGAGGGAACAAAAGUCACCAUCAAUGUCAAGGACAACCGCUCAUCCCGAUCUACGCAACCUAUCACGACGAACUAUAGCGCAUCUGGGCCAUCUUCCUCGACUCCUCAGGCGGCUCCUCCAGGUGGCAAGGUUGACCAGUAUACUAUUGACACUACCAACAUCCUCUUUGUGUUCUGUGGCGCCUUUGUCGGGCUAGACAAGACGGUCCUGAAGAGGGUUGCAAGACCGACAAUGGGGUUCGGCGGAGAACUUAGGGGACGCUCCUCUAUGUCUGGCACCAAGCAAACUCUGCCGUCAGAAACAUAUACGCAUUUGCCUCACCACAACCCUCAAUCAGCUUCAUCUUUCACGCCCCUAGAUCUUACCACUCCUGCUGAUCUACAAAGCUUCGGAUUCAUUCCCGAGUUGAUAGGGCGUCUACACAAUAUCUGUGCUCUCAGCCCGCUUUCUAAAGAAGAUCUUUUACGUAUUCUGACUGAACCCAAAAACAGCCUUGUUGCUCAGUAUACCGCUCUUUUCGAGACGUACCCUUCGCGAUUAUUCUUCACAGAGAGAUCCUUAUAUGCUAUCGCGGAGCGAGCUGCUGCUUCAGAAACAGGGGCACGAGGUCUCAAAAUGGAGAUGGAGCGUGUCCUAGCGGAGCCCAUGUUUGAUGCUCCGAUGCCUUAUGUACUCAUCACCGAGGCAUGCGUAAAGGGAACGGACAAGGCAGGAUACUGGGGCAAGGACGGCCGGUUCCAGGUGGACAGAAGAAUGCAAGCAGAAGAGAUGAACCCAGCCAAAGGGGAACCUGAGAACACAUUUGAAAAGUAUCGAGAAGCAGGACAGAGCGGAGGCUAG